AUGCAUUUCCAGUGGGUCUUCCGGAUAUCGCUAACGUCGUAUUUGUUGUGCUUGAUAUCAUCUUACCUUGCAGGUCUGCUCACCACGUGUCUCCUUCAGGCAGCUUACUGGAACGCCUUCCAAGAAGCUUCCUUGCCUUAUACCCGCAGCAGCAUCUCUACAGCCCCCUUCGCCUGCUCCCUCCUCUCCUCCCUCCUCUGGACGGCCUACGCCCUCCCUAUAGUCACACCCCGCCGCGUUCUCUUCCUGCUCGCACACCUCCUACAGUCACUCUCCCUCUCCGCCCUCCUCCUCGCCCUUAUCUCCUCUGACCCUUCCGGUAUCACGCUGCUGCGCCUGCGGCAGGUGCUGCAGCUGCUGCUACCGGCCUCAGGCCUUUCCAUUCUGGUGCUCUUCCUCGGGUCCUUCUUCGCACCUUCCUCCCUCGUCAUUGGAUGGACUGCCUCAGCUGCUGCUGCUCUCCUGCUCGCCUUUCAGCCUCUUUCCCGCAUGAUCAGCCUGCUGGACACGGCCUCAUGCGCCCAGCCAUCACACCUCUUCGUCAGCUGCUCGGCUCUAGCUGCUGCAUGCACAUGGGCCGCCUUUGGCUUUGCCGCUCACGACCACUUCAUCUCCGUGCCAUACGUGGUGGUGGCAGUGCUUGAAGCCCUGUUUUUCGCUCUUUCCACAUUCCUGGGAAAGUCCUCUGUCUCCCGUGCAAUCCCUCUCCACUCCUUCGCGCCCAUCCGCUUCGUUUCUCCACCCUUUCCCAUCCCUCUGUACUUCCCCUCCCAUCCGCAACCCCCUUCAUUUCCCACCCAUCCUCUCCCCCUUUUACUCCCCAACCAUCCUCACCCCCUUUUUAUUCCCAACCAUCCAUCGCUACCCAUCUCUACCCAUCCGUACCCCCCUCCCAGCACUGCCAGCAGUGCAGCGUCACAGCAGAGGGCAGCAGAGGGGUAUGAGCUGGUUGCCCCCACGGCGUCAGAAUCAGGCUUGACAGAACAAUCGCUGUGA